CAGUUUUGCAGAUCAGGAAACUGAGGCACAGGUAGAAAGUGCAGGAGUGAAGGCCGGAACCCAACCCUCUCUGUUAACUACUUGCUAGUUUUAAUUACCUUGAUAAGUUAGUAAGGACCAACUUCCCAAACAAAUCAGAGAUGCUCUCACAUUUUGUUGGUGCAUCCUGAAGGACUUUUGUUUGUUUAGCUAACUACCUUUCUAAUAGUAAAGUCCAUGGUUAUGUCCAGUUGGUCCCAAGAUUUGGAGCCAAACCAUGUUGGGCUCUUUGUUCUACUUCUUACUCCAAGUCACCUGGGGCAAUUGCUUAAACUUCCCAGAGCCACAGUUUGCUCUCCUGUAAAAUAUUCACAAUGAUGUUAUAAUAGCUACUCUAUCAGGCCCUUAUAUAAAAUCAGAGUCAUUUUGCCUUUUAAAAACCCUCAGAGUCCCAGAGAGGCCCCCAUUAAACUCCAUGUACUUAUUUGCAAAUUUUUAUUUUGUUUUUUGUUUUGUUGUGUGUGUUUUGUGUUUUUGUUAUGUGUUGUUGUUUUGUUUUUUAGUUUUCCCCUAUGUGUACCAGAAUCAGUGCUGCAUGGUUUGAACGUGAUAGGACUGACUUUACAAAUGAAACAUUUCUGUCACACCUGCCAAGAAGUAUGAUUUGAAUGAAACUUUAACUUAUACACAUUAUCACAUAUUUUUUAACCUGAGUUCUCAGCUGUCUGCAGUUAUUCCUUACCCUCUAGGGUUGUAUGACCCUGAAGGGGGGAUAAAAUCUGCGGGUUUUAGGUACUGUAUAAUCAGACCUAUGAAAUCACUUGUGCUGGCAGCCCCAAAGCGACCAUAAACCAGGGACUUUGUUAUCAUGCAGCAGAAGAGCAAAUUGUUUCUCCAAGCUUUGAAGUAUAGUAUUCCUCACCUUGGGAAAUGCAUGCAGAAACAGCACUUGAGUCACUGUAACUUCGCUGGUCAUUAUUACAGUAGAAUAAAGUUGAAAAAAUAUCACCUAACCAAGUGUCUGCAGAAUAAGCCCAAGAUAUCAGAGUUAGCAAGAAACAUCCCAAGUCGGAGCUUCUCAUCGAAGGAUAGUCCGCCUACUAAACAAGGAAACGAAAAACCCCUUACAGAAAACAUGGAUGCUUUUGAAAAAGUGAGAACAAGAUUAGAAACACAGCCACAAGAAGAAUAUGAAAUCAUCAAUCCAGAGAUUAAACAUGGAGAUUUUGUUUACUACCAAGAAGGUUGCUGCUUGGUGCGUUCAAAAGAUGAAGAAGCAGACAGUGAUAAUUACGAGGUAUUGUUCAAUUUGGAGGAACUUAAAUUAGACCAGCCUUUCAUUGAUUGUAUCAGAGUUGCUCCUGAUGAGAAAUAUGUAGCUGCCAAGAUAAGAACGGAAGAUUCUGAAGCAUCUACUUGUAUAGUUGUGAAGCUCAGUGAUCAGCCUGUCAUGGUAGCUUCUUUCCCCAAUGUGUCCAGUUUUGAAUGGGUAAAGGAUGAAGAAUAUGAAGAUGUUUUAUUCUAUACCUUCCAAAGGAAUCUUCGCUGUCAUGAUGUGUAUCGAGCCACUUUUGGUGAAAACAAACGUAAUGAACGUUUUUACACAGAAAAAGACCCAAGCUUUUUUGUUUACCUUUAUCUUACAAAAGACAGUCGUUUCCUCACCAUGAAUAUCAUGAGCAAGACCACUUCUGAAGUGUGGUUGAUAGAUGGCCUAAGUCCUUGGGAUCCACCUGUACUUAUCCAGAAGCGAAUACAUGGGGUCCUUUACUACGUUGAACACAGAGAUGAUGAACUAUACAUUCUCACUAAUGUUGGCGAGCCUACAGAAUUCAAGCUAAUGAGAACAGCAGCUGAUACACCUGCUAUAAUGAAUUGGGACUUAUUUUUCACAAUGAAGAGAAAUACCAAAGUCAUAGACUUGGACAUGUUUAAGGAUCACUGUGUUCUCUUCCUGAAGCACAGCAAUCUGCUUUAUGUUAAUGUGAUUGGUCUGGCUGAUGACUCAGUUCGGUCUCUGAAGCUCCCUCCUUGGGCCUGUGGAUUCAUAAUGGAUUCAAAUUCAGACCCAAAGAACUGUCCCUUUCAGCUUUGCUCUCCAAUACGUCCUCCAAAAUAUUACAUAUAUAAGUUCGCAGAAGGCAAACUGUUUGAGGAAACUGGACAUGAAGACCCAAUCACAAAGACUAGUCGUGUUUUACGUGUAGAAGCCAAAAGCAAGGAUGGAAGAUUAGUGCCAAUGACUAUCUUCCACAAAACAGAUUCUGAGGACUUGCAGAAAAAACCUCUCCUGGUCCAUGUGUAUGGAGCUUAUGGCAUGGACUUGAAAAUGAAUUUCAGGCCUGAAAGGAGGGCGCUGGUGGACGAUGGAUGGAUAUUAGCAUAUUGCCAUGUUCGGGGUGGUGGUGAGUUAGGCCUCCACUGGCACACUGAUGGCCGGCUAACUAAAAAACUCAAUGGCCUUGCUGACUUAGAGGCUUGCAUUAAGACGCUUCAUGACCAAGGCUUUUCUCAGCCAAGUCUAACAACCCUGACUGCUUUCAGUGCUGGAGGGGUGCUUGUGGGAGCGUUGUGUAACUCUAAGCCAGAGCUCCUGAGAGCUGUGACUAUGGAGGCACCUUUCUUGGAUGUUCUCAACACCAUGAUGGAUACUACACUUCCUCUGACAUUAGAAGAAUUAGAAGAAUGGGGGAAUCCUUCAUCUGAUCAAAAACAUAGGAGCUACAUAAAAAGUUACUGCCCAUAUCAAAAUAUUAAACCUCAGCAUUAUCCUUCAGUUCACAUCACAGCUUAUGAAAAUGAUGAACGGGUACCUCUGAAAGGAAUUGUAAACUACACUGAGAAACUCAAAGAAGCCGUUAUGAAGCACGCUAAGGACAAUGGUGAAGGCUAUCAGGCCCCCAAUAUUAUUUUAGACAUUCAGCCUGGAGGCAAUCAUGUGAUUGAGGAUUCUCACAAAAAGAUUACAGCCCAGAUUAAAUUCCUGUAUGAGGAACUUGGACUUGACAGCACUGGUGUUUUCGAGACUCUUAAGAAAUAUGUAAGAUUCUGAAAUUCUGUGGAAAUUGGAAAUACAUGGAAGUAUUUCCUAGUUUUAUUUGCAGUUGGGUUAGCAAAAGUGAGAUAUUUAUAAGUAAAUGAAUAGUUUAUUAAAAUUUGCUUCUCCUAAUUUUGUUCAGUGUAUACAUCUCACACUGUUCUCUCCUUGGUGUAUAUGCCCCUUACCUAGGAAAAUAGAUUUCUAAUCAGAGGAUGUGGAGAGGGGGGUAAGGAAGAGUUGGUGGCAGUAGAGCACUCCCCUCUCCCCAUCAAAACAGCUUUGUGUUUGUUUUACUAAAAUUUCAUUUGAACAGUUUGCAAAUCAAGGUCCUGCCUCUAUGCUAGUGAACAUUUUUAGACACUUUAGUGGUAAGUCAUGCUCCAGUUUCUGUGCCUGUAUUUUGUGGAAUGAGAACAUUCUUCACAUUAAAAUGAAUUAGAUCUUUGUAAUAAUCUGGGGUCCUGAGGUGUUCUGAUGAUCUCUAUUGAUGCCUUGUCAAAAAGUUACAAGUUCCUGCAUGUGAUAAUUUUAUUUUAAACAUUAUUCUUUAAAAACAUUGAGAACCUUUCCUAAAGCAGUUACAUUCAAGCUGCAGAUAUAUUUAAGAAUUAAUGAUUGUCUGUAAAGUUUGCCCAGCAGUGUACUGUACACUAAGUUACCGCAAAUGCUGAGAGUAGAACGGAAAGCCAGUGUCUUCACCUCCUCCGCAGAGAUGUCUAGCAAAGGCUGUGCAGGAUGUUUAACACACUGGAGUAGCACGCCCGGCUGGAAACAAAACAUCUGUCCCUGGCGUCUGCUUGCUGAUGCAGGAGAGUCUUUGUAUUGUAUUCAAAGAUGAAUCCUUCUCCCUUGCCCAGUGCAAUGGCUUGCGUGUCAACUUCACUUCCUUUCUUGGUGGAAUUGGUACUUAACUUUAUCCUCACUGUUGUGGGAAUGUUUGAAAUAAUUUCCUUUAGAUUUAGCAGUGAUGAUUCUCCAAAAUUCAGAACCACCAGGAAGACUCUGUCUAUGCCAUUCAUUUCUCUUGUGUACACGACAUGGUGGCUGUCUGUCCUCAAAUAGCAAAACCAGCCCCUGUUGAGGAGCAGCUCAUUGGCAUGCAGCAAACUCAGUUCUUGAUAUAACGUUAAUGCUGAUCUGGGCUGAGCCUUUUGGACCUGUUUUUUUAAAAAAGUAUUAGGAUAAAUGUUUGAUUCUAAUUUUUU